UAGCGCCACCGAACCCCUGCUUAUUCAAAUCCCCAGCCGUGUAGGUAAAGGGGAGUAGGUUUUUUAAAGUUUAGUUUGGUUUAUUAUUUAAAACUUUUCGCUACUCUUUCUUGGGGGUUCGUAGGGAAACACACUUUCUUGUUCCAAAUUGUAAAUAUCUGACUAAAUAAAUAAAAUUUAAAAAAUGCUUUUGAGUGAGAGGACCAGACAGCGUUGUCGGGAAUUCACCGGUCCCACUCCGCAUUCUGUGGCUGUGCGGGCUAAACCUACUUCUUCAAGGCCUCCUUAUUUCCUUAUUUUGGAUAGAAGACGCCAGGAAGAUGCCAGAAAGGAUAUGUUGGCUUUUGUACAAUACCAAGAUACUUGGGAUGUCAAAAACAAGUGGGAACAGCUGUCACAGAAGCGGAUUACACAUGGUGCAGUCCAGAGAAGGGUGAAUGAAGGUCUACACCUAUACCAUUCAGGAAUUGAAGACAGGAGGUUAAGAUUACGCAGUCUGCUUGAAGAGGAGGAAAAACUUUUCAUUGCAGAAAUGGAAUGCAAAGAGGAGACGACAAUAGAACGGCAAGCAAAGAUGAGAGAGAGGGCCAAAUUUCUAAGGGAAAAGAGAGAGGAAGAAAGGCAACAACUUGUAUCAGAAAAGCUCGAACAGCAGUUCAGGGAACAAACUGAAGAGCUUCGGACAGAGAUGAGUCGUCGCCAUACUGAGCAGGUAUUCUCUGAGAGGAUGGCACAACUUAACCUUAAGGAGCAGAUACUACAAAAACAGAAAGAAGAGGAGCAAUUUUUCGCAGAUCUCUGGGAGAAGGAUAGGCAAGCCAAGGCAGAACGAGAAGAACAGCAGGUUCAGAAGCGGGCAGAAAGGAUGCGAGAGACGCUGGAUGUCCUUCAGGUCCAGAAAGCAGCUGCAGAAGCCCAGCGGCUUGAAGAAAAGAGGCUAAAAGAAGAGGAAGCACGGUUGACUGAUGAGCAGCGGAAUAUGUUGUUCCUGGAAAAGGAACGUACUGAACUUGAGAAACUGCAGAAACAGCAGAAGACACGGAACCUCUUAGAUGAGUCUUUGAGACUGAAGAUGAAACGCUUGAACAAGGAAGCACAGGAAGAACUUGCAUUGGACAUGAAGAUACUGGAGCAGCUUCUCGGUGAGGAGCAAGAUGACACUGAGGAAAGGCGACGGAGAAAGAUUGAGCUGCGGAAUGAACAGCAGUGGUACAGACAAUACUUGGCUGAGCAGCUGGAAGAGCAGAAACGUGAAGAAAGAGAGAUGGAUCAGCUCCUUGAUGCAGAGCUUAAGAAGUCUUGGGCCAAGAGAGAUGAGCAGUGGAGUCUGGAGCGGGAGGCCAGGAACCGCCUCAUGAAGGAAGUCAUGGACACCCGGAUACUUCAAAUCCAAGAAAAAUUGGAUAAAAAUAAGGCAGAACAGAUGCAGCUUGCGAAAGACAAAGAGACGCUCUAUAAAGCACUUGAGGAGCAGAAUGCCUUGGAAGAUGAACGGAAAGCAAGCCAAAGGAAAGCAAACAAGGAAUAUCAGGACCAUCUACUGUCUCAGAUGGCACAUAUUCAAAAUCUCCGGGAGACAGAGAAGAUGGAGCAGUGGCGCGAGUAUGAAGAUGGGCAGACUGAAGAAAAUAAGUUUCAGGAUAAGCUGGCAGAGAUUCUCACUCGUCCGUACAUGAAACUGGUGCAUAUCCAUCCUUUUAGGAGGUCACGUAUCUCCAGCCCCAAAAACUGGCUUCCAUCCUAAUUUUAAUUUGCGGGGAUAAACAAUUCAGGGCAUCCCCAACAGUAUAAGGCUAUUUUUUUUUCAAGUUGCAGUUUUUACAUGCAUAAAGAAUGUUUGCCAAUUUUGGAAACUCUACACUCCCACUCAUAUUGAUUAUUUAUGAUAAUAAUAUUAUGGCUAGAUGAUGUUUCCAGUUAGACUAUUUAACAGCUGUUACUGUCUAUAAUAUUAAUAUUUCAGCUACUGGCCUGUUUUUGAGUCUCUUCAUUCUUAUUUUCUUUAGGUAAUGGCAUUCUUGUAAUAAAAUUAUGAAAUUCUCUUGUAUAUACAUUGGUAUAGUUGUUCGCCAGUACUGAUUUUAUUUGAUCAUCAGACAAAGUGUAUCAUUCCUAAAUAAUAUAAGCAAACUAAAAAUGUAUCAUGCUUCAUAGUUGCUCUAUUGUAAGGUUAUUUUGCCUGCUGUACUUUAUUUUACUUUGUACCCCUUCUUUAAUUUCAUUUUAUGGAAAUUUGUUCUCAUUAAUUAAACAUUUAAAAGGUGGAGUGCAAAAGAUGAAUAUGCCAUUUCAA